AUGUCGAUACUCAUCUGGCGUCUCGGCAGACCAACAUUUUGGCUAACCCUCCUUCCCUCUCUCUCUCUCUCUCCUCCCGUCAGGUUCGUGUGGAACAACUACGCGGUGAAGGUGAAGCUCAACGACUACCUGGACAUCGUGUGUCCCCACUACCCGCUGGGCGAGGUGGCGUCGCAGGACGCCGAGCGCUACGUCCUCUACAUGGUGGAGAAGGAGGACUACGACGCCUGCAAGCCCCAGUCCUACGACCAGAUGCGCUGGGAGUGCAGCCACCCGUUUGCACCCCACGCCCCAGAGAAGUUCUCGGAGAAGUUCCAGCGGUUCACGCCCUUCACCCUUGGCAAGGAGUUCCGCCAGGGCGAGAGCUACUAUUACAUCUCCAAACCGUUGCACCACCACGGGCAGGAGUGCCUCCGGCUUAGGGUGGAUGUGAUCGCUGUCGACGGCUCUCAGGAGGCGCGGGUGGCGAAGGGAGGCGGUGGCACCGCCGGGGCAGCCGGGACAGCCGGAGCCGAGGCGGGAGGCGGUGUCCACAACCCGUCCAACAGACUGCCUCCAGCAGACGACCCCGUGGUGAUCCUGCCAGACGUCCAGAAGAGCACGCGCACCAUCUCCGGGGACGCUUCCUCCACCCGCUCCACCCUGUUGCUGCUGGGGCCGGUGUCGUUACUGCUGCUGCUGCUGCAGCACUGAGAGUGAAUGUGGACAAACUAUAAUUCCCAGAUUGACUUUUUCGGGGACUACGAUGAAGACAGUCCGUGGGAAUGAAACCGCAGACUCAAAAGAAGAAAGACCUUGGAGCACUGAGGUUCCCCAGUGCUGGCCACAGGGAGGGAUAAAAAGAGAGAGGGUGGGACAGAGAGAGAGAGAGAGAGAGAGAGAGAGAGAGAGAGUGAUGUUUAACACUUGGUAUGGAUUGACUCACGGGCACUUAAGUGUAAGGGGAAAACUCUAUGUAAAGGAAUCAGAGUGGGAGGAAGCAUUUGGGCCUAAUUUCAUCUUUCAAAAGAUGACCGUGUUUUUUAUCCACCUUGAAAACCUUUUCGUGCCCUCUUCCUAGAAAACCAAAACAGACGGCGUUAGUACGCCGCUUGGACAAACGACGUACACUCACUGGAAGAGGAAGCUUAACUGGAUGAAGUACAAUCAUGGAUGGUGGGACGGAGAAAAAAGUAUUCGAACGAUGUAGAUAAAAGCGAAUGAAAACUGUCGGGCCAAAGAUCAGCCAUCGCUUCAUUGUGUGCUCUAUUCCACCCUUGAGUAUUGUGUACUUUUGUAUCGUGAACGUAACGGUUUUGCGUGGCAUUGUUGUCGCACCUGGCUAUUUUUUCGUUUUUACAUGUAGCAUCGACAAAAGCAGGGGCUGUUUCGUUGUUCCUUUUUAUUUGUUUCUUUUUCAAUUACUGCCACUCCAGAGCACACUCGACCACGUGCUUAUACACUGUAGCACCACACUGCACAGUACGGACAACCCAACGCACCCACAAUGCACGGCGACAUAGUACACUUGAGGGGAGAGAGUCAUGGAACUUAUCGAUGUUAAGUGUACAUUCUGUGAAAUUUAUUUAUGCCAUUUUGCAGCUGAAAGGCUUUACUGUACGCACAGUAUGCUGGAACAAAGAAAAUGUUUACUGUGGGGAAAUGAGGACAACUUGUUCUUCCCUUUUUUGUUGUGGUUAGUCGCUUGCGUGAAAGGGAGACUGUAUUUUUGGUGAAAGUGUGAGAAUGGAGACGAGGGAGAUAUUGCCAGGGCUUUACAGACCUAGAAAAACAAGCUGUUAAUCUGCCAAAAGCUAACACUGAUGCUACGUGAAGGAGAGGCUGGCCUUCUCCCUUUUGUUGUAUCCCCCCCCAUCACAGAGAAAAUGACCAACAUUUAUUCACAGAAAGCAAACGAUACAAAACGACAAUAGCAUUGUCACCACGGUGAUGUUUUUUUGUUAACAAAUGAAGUCCAUCAGCGAACGAACAACAAAGCAGAGGACCCCCUGAGUCGAACCACGCCAGUCCAAAGACAACGUUGCUGCCCAAAAUUUGGUUGGAAUUUUUUACAUUUGGAUAGUGCAAGUUUGGGUCACAAAGAGGUUACACUCUGCCCCCUAUAAUCAGUGUAUUACAAAAGAGACACGGGAUCAAACCUAGAGUGGCCAAGAGCAUUUCCGCUAGACAUGCUGGCCAAACAACGAGGCACACCACACCAACAGUGUAAGACUACCAUUGAAGUCAUGUUUUUUUUGUUUUUUUACCAUAUUUUGUACAUUGUGUAAAGUAAGAAAAAGUGUAUGAUAUGUAUAUAGAGAAGAUUCUAUUAAAAAAGAACCUGUUUGAUAUGCUCAAUGUGAAAGUUUCAUGUGAAAUUAAAUAUUUUUUGGAAAACCCCAAACGACUUCUCCCUUGUUCAUUUCUUGGUGUCGUCAAAUUACUUCCUAGUUCAUCUAAUUCAGCUCCUGGUUCAGACUAAAGUGGCAACCGUCGAAAAAAAAUCAUACCACAGCACCACGAGAUGAACCGCUUUUUGAAUCCGCAUUUAGCUUCGGCUUGGAAACAUCUUCAAACCGCAUCAGUCGCACAGAGAUAAUGGCUCGCACAGUGAAGUGACGGUGGGGUCAAUUGAAGAGAUCCACAAAGACGGCGGCACGAUCAAGGCAGAGAAAGAAGAAGCCUGUCCUCCUCAGUACGAAAGAAGAAAGGGAAGUCUAUUUUCAUCAUUAAACAGUUGCCUUGAAACUUGGCAGGGGGAUUAAAUGCACAGGUGUGAUCCCAUCACGGUCUUUAUCUCCUGUUUUUUAUGCCGAUGAGCCUCCAAACCAUAACUCUUUAUUUUCCCUCUCUUUCCUCCAAUGGGUUCCCAUGCUUCUGUGCCCCUCUGAAGUGUCACCACGGACCCCAUUGUUAGUGUCU